GCCGUGUUUACAGCGAACGCAGCAGACUGCAGACUGACCGAGCGAGACCGACCGUGUACCUGUGCAUUAAUCUGUCUAACCACGCUGCCCAUUUGGCUAUAUAUUGGCGAAAAGCACCGAGUUGCAAAAAAAAUCUUGACCAAAUCAGAGGCUUUGCAGUCCGAUAUUACUUUUGCCAUCAACGACGUCUACAACAACAAGGCGGUGUGUGUGAGCGUGUGAUGACCGGCUGAGGAGGAGGAGAAGGAGGUGGAGGAGAAGGAAGGAGGCUUCGGUCUGAAACCAGAUUUUGUCGUGGAUAUUUCCACGGAGACGUUGCGUCGUUCAGAUAACAGUGCUGUGCUUAAAUGCAGCGUGCCUUUGGAUGCCCCGCUUCACCUCGUUUCACCCCCAUUUUAAGGCUAGUCUGAACCGCUUCAUGCUUCCCGAAGACCCUGCAGCAGCAGGACAUUGAAGAUUUUUCCUCCCUGUUGAUAUGGAGUGUGAAGAUGUGGAUUACGAUAACCGAGGAAUCCCCGCCGCCGCUAGUUUAGCCGCCAUGCUUUCAUUAUACACGUCAAUGCAGCGCUGUGUUUGGCAGGGAUAGAGUGAGCUAUGAAUACGCGCUGUCUGGCCAGCGGGAUAAAUCGGUGAUAUUUGGAGCACGACUGGACUCCCGUUAGGAAACGUGAGAGAGCAGCCUCGCUAGCCUCCUGGCAGUAGCUAUUAGCUCCAUUAGCCAGCUAACAGCUACAAGGUGCUGGCUGGAGAUUUUAAAAAAAGGGUGUUUGACCGCUGUGGCCAGGUUUUGCCCACGUUUCCAUCUUCGCAACUCAUCUUCCCGCGGGAUUGUUUGGUGAAUUUACGUGUACGGGGAUGAAGUCUCAAAUGGAAGGGAGCCGCUUGACCUUGUUUGGGGGUCUGAUGCUGGCUCUGUCCUCCUGCCUUCGGCCCGCCACCGCAGAGAUCUGCACUCCCAGUAUCGACAUCGGCAACAACAUAAGUGAAUUCAGACAACUGGAGAACUGCACAGUGGUGGAGGGCUACUUGCAGAUCCUCCUCAUAGGUGACAAAAGCAACAACAACUUCAACCAGGAAGUCUUCCGCACCCUCAGCUUCCCCAAGCUGACCAUGAUAACGGACUACCUGCUGCUGUUCAGAGUUUCAGGCCUGGACAGCCUGAGCACGCUCUUCCCUAACCUCUCUGUCAUCCGUGGCCGUAACCUCUUCUACAACUAUGCCCUGGUGAUCUUUGAGAUGACCAGCCUGAAGGACAUUGGCCUGUACAACCUGAGAAACAUCACCCGGGGGGCCAUUCGCAUUGAGAAGAACCCAGAGCUCUGCUACCUCGACUCCGUAGACUGGUCCCUCAUCAUGGAUGCAGAGUUCAACAAUUACAUCGCAGGGAACAAGCAGUCCAAAGAGUGCAGUGACGUUUGUCCAGGCAUCAUGGAAAACAAUCCCAUGUGCAAAAAGACCAUGUUCAACAACAAUUACAACUACCGCUGCUGGAAUUCCCAUCAUUGCCAAAAAGAGUGUCCUGAAAAGUGUGGAAGGCGAGUGUGCACAGCUGACGGUGAGUGCUGCCAUCCUCAGUGUCUGGGCAGCUGCUCACUUCCGGGCGACGACACUGCAUGCGCCGCAUGUGUGCAUUACUACCACAACGGCAGAUGUGUGGCUGACUGCCCUCCAGGCACAUACAGGUUCGAGGGCUGGCGUUGCAUCAGUGCUGAUUUUUGCUCUAAAGUGCACCUUCCAGACUUUGACAUCUUCGUCAUCCACGGGGGAGAAUGUAUGCCUGACUGUCCAUCUGGGUACACGCGAUCCACACCUGACAGCAUGUCGUGCACCGCCUGCGAUGGCCUGUGCGAUAAAGUUUGUGACGGGAAGGUCAUUGACUCUGUGGAUGCUGCUCAGUCUCUCAAAGGCUGCACUGUUAUCAAGGGCGACCUGCAAAUCACCAUCCGCAGAGGCCAUAACAUGGUGGCAGAGCUGGAGAGUUUCACAGGUUUGAUCCAGAGGGUGACUGGUUAUGUCCGGAUCAGACAUUCACACACCCUGAGCUCACUGGCGUUCCUCCGAAGUCUGAGAUACAUCGAUGGAGAAAGCCUUCAUGAGGACAUGUAUGCCUUCUCAGCAUUCGACAACCAGCAGCUCCAGUAUCUUUGGGACUGGAAGCAGCACAACCUAACCAUAAAAGUGGGCAAGCUGUUCUUCCGAGCCAACCCGAAGCUGUGUAUGUCCGAGAUCCGCAAGAUGUGGGACAAGACGGGCGUCCGGGGCCGCUUUGAAGAGAGAGACUUCCGAAACAAUGGCGACAGAGCCAGCUGUGAAAGCACCAUCCUGCGGUUUACAUCCAACACCACCAGUGACAAGAGGAUCAAGCUGACAUGGCAGCGCUACCGACCUCCUGAUUAUAGAGACCUCAUCAGCUUUAUAGUCUACUACAAGGAGGCGCCGUUCCAGAACAUCACAGAGUUUGAAGGGCAGGAUGGUUGCGGUUCCAACAGCUGGAACAUGGUGGAUGUGGAACUGAGGCCAGAUAAGGAAAAGGACCCUGGUGUUCUUCUUUCCGGCCUGAAACCCUGGACACAAUACGCCAUUUUUGUCAAAGCUAUCACCCUCAUGGUGGAAGACAAACACAUGCCCGGUGCCAAGAGCAAAGUGGUCUACAUCCGCACCAGCCCUGCUGCGCCCUCCAUGCCUCAGGAUGUGCGGGCCUACUCUAACUCCUCCACGCAGCUGAUGGUCCGCUGGUCGCCCCCUGUCUCACCCAACGGAAAUCAGACUUACUACUGGGUGAAGUGGCAGCAACAAGCUGAAGACAAGGAACUGUACCAGCAUAACUACUGCUCUAAAGAGCUAAAGAUCCCAAUUAGGAUUGCUGCCACUGGAGACAAAGAAGAGGAUACAAAGCCCACUAAACCAGAUCCUGAUGGAGCAGAUAAGGGUCCUUGCUGCCCCUGCCCCAAAUCGCCUGAAGCCCUGGAGGCUGAAGCUGCCGAUGCCUCCUACCGAAAAGUCUUUGAAAACUUCCUACACAACACCAUUUUUACACCGAGGCCUCCAGAUCGGCGUCGCAGAGAUCUUUUUGGCAUCGCCAACUCCACCCGUUCACGCCGCUUCCAUCUUUACGCCAACAGCACUGCAAUUCCCCCCCCUCAGGGCGCCGGCAACAGCACCAUCCCUGACCCAGAACCAACCGAACAAGAGUACGAGGUCAUGGAUGACAAGGUGACCAACCAUGAGCUGCAGAUAACCGGCCUGGAGCCUUUCAGAGUUUACCGCAUCGACAUCCAUGCCUGUAACAGGCAGGUUCAGCAGUGCAGCGCGGCUGAGUUCGUCUUCUCCAGGACCAAGCCAGCAGAAAAGGCUGAUGACAUCCCAGGCCCAGUGAGCUGGGAGGGCCAUGAGGACUGGGUGUUUCUGCGCUGGCCAGAGCCCAGCCAGCCCAAUGGUCUCAUCCUCAUGUACGAGAUCAAGUUCAAACUGGCUGCAGAGGCCGAGAAGCAUGAGUGUGUUUCUAGACAACUCUAUCGCAUCCAGCAAGGCGUUCGCCUGACCAACCUCAGUCCUGGAAACUACUCGGUCAGGGUGAGAGCCACAUCACUGGCUGGCAAUGGCUCUUGGACCCCCACCCUGAAUCUCUAUGUUUCUGAAAGUUCUGAAAGCGUCUUCGCUAUGAUCUUUGUUCCAAUCUUGACCAUCGUUAUAAUCUGCGCUUUGGUGUUGGUGCUGGUGGUCUUCAACAAGAAAAGGAACAGCGAUCGGCUUGGGAACGGAGUCCUGUAUGCCUCUGUCAACCCCGAGUACUUCAGUGCAGCAGAAAUGUAUGUCCCAGACGAGUGGGAGGUGGCCCGGGAGAAGAUUUCCCUCUGCCGGGAGCUCGGUCAGGGGUCGUUUGGGAUGGUAUAUGAGGGCGUGGCCAAGGGUGUGGUCAAAGAUGAGCCAGAGAUCCUCGUCGCUGUAAAAACUGUAAACGAGUCAGCCAGCAUGAGGGAGCGGAUCGAGUUUCUCAAUGAAGCUUCUGUUAUGAAAGAGUUUAAUUGCCAUCACGUGGUGCGCCUUCUUGGUGUGGUCUCCCAAGGCCAGCCCACCCUGGUCAUUAUGGAGCUGAUGACGAGAGGAGACCUAAAGAGUUACCUUCGCUCCCUGCGUCCCAAAGAGCAACAGGUUUCCAGCCUGUCUCUCCCGCCACUGAAAAAAAUGCUUCAGAUGGCGGGACAGAUUGCGGACGGCAUGGCUUACCUCAACGCCAACAAGUUUGUCCAUCGAGAUCUGGCUGCAAGAAACUGCAUGGUGGCUGAAGACUUCACCGUAAAGAUCGGAGAUUUUGGCAUGACCAGAGACAUCUAUGAGACCGAUUACUAUCGCAAAGGUGGUAAAGGUCUGCUCCCUGUCCGCUGGAUGUCACCCGAGUCUCUGAAGGAUGGCGUUUUCACCACCAACUCAGACGUCUGGUCAUUUGGGGUUGUUUUGUGGGAAAUAGCCACUCUGGCAGAGCAGCCUUACCAGGGUCUGUCCAACGAGCAAGUCCUUCGCUUUGUAAUGGAGGGAGGACUGCUGGAGAAACCACAGAACUGUCCAGACAUGCUAUUCGAGCUGAUGCGUAUGUGUUGGCAGUACAACCCUAAAAUGCGUCCCUCCUUCGUUGAGAUCAUCAGCAGCAUCAAGGAGGAGCUGGACCCGUCUUUCAAAGAGGUUAGUUUCUACUACAGUGCCGACAACAAGCCCACUGAAGCUCCACAGCUCCACCUGGAUAAACUGGACCACUCCACGGAUGUUCCCCUGGAAUCCUCUUCUUCUUCUUCGCAGCAGAACCCCCCAUCUCCAAGCUCAGAGGGGGCGCCUGCCCCGUCACAAACGCCCAACUCCCCGUCCUCUCCCUGCACGUCGAGCGCAGUCAUGGACAAGCAGCCUUUGAGCCAGCAGGCGGCCAACGGACUCUCUGGGACUGGCCUUCCUGCGAGUUCGGGACCAACAGUGCGGCCAAACCUGGACGAACUGCCGCCGUACGCACACAUGAACGGAGGACGCAAAAAUGAGCGCGCCAUGCCUCUCCCACAGUCGUCUGCCUGCUGAUUGGGCAGAAACACGAACACCGUUCACCCACGGACCCGAAGAACCACAAGUCUGACUGGGUGGUUUUCUUUUUUUCUCUUUGUUUGUCUGAAUCACAGUGAAACCUUCUCAACAGGAUAAGAUGUGGAUAUUUUGAGACUUGCGUAAAGAUGGAAAAAACUUUCAAAGAGUUAAUGUCCUGCUGUAUGGCCGCACACUUUUCUUUUUCUUUUUUUUUUAAUCUUAAAUAAAAUAGUAUGAGUUUCUACCAGCUGGCUGUUAUUUGUGACACUGCUCCUGCUGCUGAGUGGAAAGACCAAAAAGAAAAAGAAAGAAACAAAAUCUUCAGUAAAAUAAGAAUUCAUAAAAAAAUAAUUUUGAGGGGAGUUAUUUCACUCUCUCUGUGGCUAAACUUAUUUUAUAAAUUGUUAUUUGUUACUUUUUUAUGUUUCUGAAUGAGGAAACAAAACGUGUAGGCCUUUAUGAAUUAUCAGCGUUGUUUAUGUGUGCUUUUGAGCGGGCAUUAUGGUGGAAACAUUAAGCAUAUCUAAAGAUUAACAAGCUCUUGAACGAGGUCACCAGUCGCUUGUGAAACCGGCUGCUGUGAGGGUCGAACGUCGGCAUAAUGCCGGGUCAAAAGCCAAUCCGCUGAAACAAACAAUUGGAGAACAGUCAGCUCUGCCAAAUCUGUUGCCAAACUCUUCUGCUUUCACAUUUUCUUAUCCUGUUGCUCCUCAAGAUGCAGUCGUGAAAAUGGAAGGAGAAAACAAGCAAAUGCACUUUGAUCUUCCACCACAUCAUUCAUUUAGAGGCCAGACGGACGUCAACUUUCCUCAACCGUCCUGCUCGUUUUUUCUAGUGCUGACUGUGAUCUGCAGUUUUUCAACUCCGUCAGAUCCCUGCGUAGACUUCAGUCCCGUCAGUUUACCUGAAAUAGAGCCAGCUGCCACAAAGUGCUGUUACGUUGGGGUUUAACAGUGAAUCGCGUAGCAAAAUAUGUACGACAAAACACACACAAAAAAGGAAAGGACUGCAGAGGAAGAGCAGUCAAGAGGAGAACAUGAACGUCAGAUCUGUACAUCUGAGUUUUCCCCAAGGUCAGAGGCAUCCUUGUUGUACACGAACAGGUAUUUUUUUACACUUGUAAAUACUUGCCAACAUUUACAUCUCUACAUGUGCAGAGCAUUUAUGUACAAACCAGUUGUUUUUUCACUUUUCUAACUUUUAUACAGUCAAAACCUUUCAUCAUGUACAGAAAGAAGCUGCUAUUCCUUGUUUCUCUUGUGAUAUCUAUAUCUAUAUAUAUAUAUAUAUAUAUAUAUAUAUAUAUAUAUAUAAACUUCUUCAGGUUGGUUUUCAGCUCGGAACAUUUUCACUCGGUUUCUUUUUUUUGCUUGUCAUUGUUUUGUUGUUUAUGAACUGAUUUUGUUUCUGUAAUUGAAUAAGAGGUACAAUAACUUGCCUUGGAUUAAAGACCCGUAUCUUCCUCGCAUCCCUCUAGAGGGCAUCCAUGUUCUCUCGUGCUUUCAUCAUCAGAUUCACAAGCCUGGUGUCCCAAAUAAAAUCUCAGGUGAAAGAGAAAAGCUAAAUCCUUUUCUGCUCCCCCUUUUUUUCUUUAUUUUCCUUUUUUGUGCUGCUGUUACCCAGAGACAUCCUACCUUGUGUUUGUUGUUCUAUGUCAGAUUGUUUCAUCAGUAUGAAAGCAAUGUUUAUCACCACAAUCAGUAACAAGAAGUUUCUUGGUCUCAAUCUUUUGGUAUGUCCUUGCCCAAGUUGUAUGCAACCAAAAUACUGACAAAAAGUAGGAAAACCAUCAAAAGUUUUAGAAUAUAGUAAAAUAUUGUGAGUUAAAUUAUCUGAAUUUGGCAAAAAAAAAAAAUCCUUUUUGAAGGGAUGUAUUCAGACUCUCCAAGUGGGCACAUUUAUAAUUUGAGUUUUCUUGCGCGGAAAGUAACUGCGUUCUAUUUCAUCAAGCAGCAUUUAUUCAGACUCUGUUAAACUUUUAUCGGAACUAGCUUUUACCAAACUAAGGGUUGCUAAACAUCCUUAAAACACAUGGAUAUGUAGUCUAGAUCAGCAGAAAAACAAUUCCAUUUCCAGACUUUUGUCCAGCCCCCAUUCUUGUAGUUUCUAGUUUUUCAUAUAUUUAAAUUAAUUGACUUUUAAUACAUUCCUGUGCACGUCAUUUAGGUUUUUCAUGUCACUGACUGAGUAGCAACUGCACUGCACUUGAGUGUAUGCAUAUAUCAAACAUCUAUAAUUCUGAAAUGUGAAUUUACAGGAACCUUAGACAUACAUUGGACUUCUUCUGACAUAAAAAUAGCAAUUUUGUGUUCAUUUCAGCAGUGGCUAAAUUGCAGCCAGCAAGGAAUAGCUUACAAACCAAAUGUUAGCAGUUAAAGCACCUUGUAAAUUUGUCCUGUUGUGGUAAAAGUUGCUCACAUAUUAAUACAAAAUGGAUAUUUCAUCUUAUUUUAAGAGCAAGAGAUUUAAUAUUAAGAGCAUUUUUCUUUUCCUGGAGCUAAUUGUUCUGAGUAGCUUUUUUUUAGCCCUGUCUAUAUACACAAAGAUUAACUUUAGUUCACUAUGUUUAAACAUGUGAAACAGUUCAAUUAUUAUUUAGUGUUUCACAGUGAAACAACUUUUUUCUUGAUAGGUUUUCUCUGCGUUCUCUGGGUUGUCAGAAGUUGUAAGGAAGCUAGAAAAUGAUGUGACAGAUAGAGAGCAGAUAAACAGAAUGUGCAACAAACAAUAACAUUUGCUAAUAUAGGUGGAAACUUUGUGUUAUCCCUUACAUCUUUUUUUGCUUCCUACACAUUUCAAAUGAUGUAAAGUAAAUUUUUGGUUUGCCAUUUUCUGAUAAUUUCCUUCUACUUUUUGUCAGUGUUUCAGUUAAGUUAAUUUACGGUCUCUAGAAAGCAAAAAGCCCUUUCUUUGUAUUUCUUUAUAUUACUCUUCGACUGGAUCAUUUCACUUGCCUCUCGAGCAAAAGCUUUUUUGAAAUAUAUCCAUAUGUUGAAGUAGCUUCUGUUCUUUCUUUUUCAAUAUUUUGUAAACGUUUAAUGUGUAUAUUGAAGAUUUGUGUGACUAAAUAGGACUGAAUUUACCUGCAGCAUUCAGUUUUCCUUUGAAAUGCUUCAAUAACACUAAGAUAUUGUGACCUUAAAGGACUGAUGAGAGAAAUACACUAUGAAUCCCUUCUGUUGGAGAAAAUAAAAUCUUUUCUUCACGUUUGAGCAUCAAUAAUAAAAUGUUGACCUAUCUUAAUCGAGGACCACAUGGAAUAGUCUCAAAAGUGACAUUUUAAUUCAAUUCCCAGAUGUUUCUGCUAUUUAUUUCUUUUUUUUUGUGAAGUGGUAAUCACUGUACAAAUCUCCCCUUGAGUUUUUUCCCUUUUUUUUUUUUUUGUUUUGAUCUCAUUUUUAUGCUCUUUUGAUAUUCUGGGAGAAGGCUUUGUUAUUACUUCCUUCAACCAUCCAUCUACCUCACUUUUUGUUUUGUCCAAUCUAUUUACUUGUAUAAAACACAAAAUAUGUCAUCUCAGCUGUUUGAUCUCACUGGGUGCUGUGUAAAGGUCAAAUUCAAACCACAAACCAAACCAUUGUGGAAGCAGUCUAGGGGCUCGGACACAUCAAACAUUCUUUAUGCUACUACUAGAGAACUUGAUCUUUUUAUAUAGAGAUGCUGAACAAAUAUAUAUAUUUUCUUUAUGGGAGUAGCUUCAGUUGGCUAGUGGGCUCUUUUGGGGGUCUGUAUUUGCUGAUUCAAGUGAAACCUAGUGGAAUGCAACAUGAGGUAUGAGAUGGUUUCACUGGACCAUUUCCCUCUAUGACACUACAUUCUUUCAUUUGUUACAUAUAAUAUUCCUGAGUUGUAGCUUCUUUCUGCCCAGCAGCUGUUCCCACCAUGAUUUGAUGGCUGUAAAUUGGAGAAAUGUCUCUAGAGAGAGAAAGCACUUUCUCUAAAAGCAGACCUGUGCUAUAUUUUAUCAAGCUUCUUGUUCUAUCCUUUCUCAGCCAGUCUUGCUAUAAAAUACUAAUCAAUUUCUGAAAUCAGGUUUGUUUGUGGUCUGAUUUUUGCCAGAUUUUUAGUUUUAUUUUUUUUCUUCUUUUUACCACUGGAACACCUCAGAGGUAACAUAAAAACAAUCAAGUUUUUGUUUCUCUUCUCAACUCAUCCCUCACUUUUUUAUAUAUAUACACACGUUACAUUGACAGUUUGUUACAUUUAUUUUAAAAUAAGUAAGUUAUUGAUAGCCUUCCAAGUCCUGGAUUUCUGUUAAACCGAUUGUUUGGACUGAUGUUUCAUUUUGGUUUUUCUUUUGUACAUGCUGUUGUAAGAUUUUUUUCUUGUUGUCAAUAUAUUACUGGGAUAAAAUGAUUGGCUGAAGGAAAAGAGAAUGUCUAUUUCCUCGUUCUUUUUUUUUUUUUCUACACAAAAUUUAAGAUGAAUAAAAAAAAUGU